CAAAGACAGGCGAGCUGUGACAGCAGCUUCCGCUCAGUCGUGUAUUUAAUUUGAUAAAAGCAAACGGAUCAAUGCAUCGUCAGGACGUUUUUAGUCACUUUACUUUCACGCUGUUUCAGCCACAUCAAACUGUGCAGGAAGCUGAGAGUGCGCGUGACGAGGCACCCCGGCGUCGGACGCAGUCAGUGCUGCGAGAUGCUGCUGCUGUGCUGGUCGCCUCUGCUGCUCUGCCUCUGCCUCCGCGCAGAGAACGUCGCCGUCAUCCGGGCACCGGGCGAGAACGUCACCCUGCGGUGCUCCCUGGACGGAUGCGCCCGCAGCGCCCACGGCUACGUCGGCAUGUACCUGUACAGGUACGCCGGCAGCCGGGAGGAGGUGCUGUACUACCACGGCGUGGACGGAGCGGACAAGGUCUCCGCGCGGGGCAGAUACACGCGCCGGGUCGAGAAGCAGGGAUCCCUGCGGAGCCACGGCAUCAGCAUCCGCGAGCUGACGGCGCGCGACUCCGGCGUCUACAGCUGCGUGUACAAGCAGACGCCGCAGGACGAGACCACGUGCAACGUGUACACGCUGGCAGUGAGCGACGCAGCUCCCUCUCCAGCGUCUCCCGAGCAUCCUCCCACGAACCCCCCCCACGGCGACACCCACGCGUGGCCGCCGCUGGCGCUGGUGACACCCGCCGCCGUCCUGCUCAGCGUGCUGCUGACCCUGCUCUUCGUCAAGGUCCUGGUCCCGUCGGUGAAACACUGGGCCAGCAGCAGCAGAAGGGCGAGAAGCGGCUCCUUGGACCCCAGCGAGUACGUGUAUGAGGUCAUGACUAAGAACGGCCUCCAGGCUGCGGCACCCAACCCGUACGACGCCGCUUAGCAAAAGUCCGCUUGUAUGAUAUGUUUUAAGGCGAAAUUCAAUCUAAAAUGCGUAAUAUAGAAAAUACAGGAGACCUCUUAAAGGAGCUGUGGAAUUGCAGACCUGCACAGUUCUGUUUGAAAAAGACAUGAAACGAUGGUUUUUGUGUGUCAGCAGGAAUCAUUGCACACAUGCACAUGGAAAAUGUAUGUAUGAAACAGAUGCAGUUUCCUUCAUCAGAUUGCAUUUUGUAAACUGAUAUCGCUGUAACCACAUGCCUGUUUGUGACGCGCGGUGGUUUUCUUUGGUUUUUAUUAGAAGCGACGUUGGUCGGUAAACGGCAGGAAGCGAAAUCUAAAGGAGAGUAAAUAACGCUUAAUAAGGUCAAAACAAAUAAUAUUUUGGGUUUCAUCGUGUUUGCUCUUGAGCCUUGUGUGUUUUGAAGGACAUAUUCACAGCUGACCAAAACUUCCUGGUCUUUGUUUCACACAGUCAAAACACCAGCAUCGGUGAAAUCUCUUAUCAUGUUUGUGUCGUCUCCUCAGUCCGUUGAACUGAUUGUCUGAACCACAGGCCUUUUACAACGCAGACAAGCCUGCAUCACAGGAAACACAGGCUGUGAACGCAGGCUUUACAGCAUCAACACAAAACACAGGAAACAUCAUCUUGGACUUGGAAUUUUGCUUUUAACAUCAUAAUAACCGCUCAUAAUAAAUGUAGUGGUAAAACGUGCUGUGCAGAACCGCACCACAGAUUUAUUUGCUUUCUGCUGUUUGUAUAUUUGCACAAAAACAGCUGUUGAUUUGUUGCUUUUCAUGAUAUGGUUUAAAUGUUUUCCCCAAAAUAGACACAAAAUAAUAACGACUCA